UUUCUCUCACAUUUUACUUUUUUGCGAACGCGUUCGAAAUUAAAUACAGUUCUCUCUCACUCACACACACACACACACGAAAACUCUCUUGUGCUUGUGGUUUUCUCCUCGCAAACCAAAGUUGUGCGAUGAAAACGAUGCAUUCGACAACGAACAACAGAAGAAUACACACAGCAGCCAUCCCCAUGCGCUUGUUGAUGAUCUCGGCCCUGGUGGGUCUACUGGUGGCCUUGCCCGGCCAGGCAGCAGCCCGCAUGGCCUUCGAGAAGUUGACAGAUUUCGAUUUCGCUGGAACCACCUACUACAGCGUUAAGAAUCUAUCGUUGUACGAGUGCCAGGGAUGGUGCCGAGAGGAGGCCGAUUGCCAGGCAGCUGCAUUCAGUUUUGUGGUGAAUCCAUUGUCCCCCUCGCAAGAGACCCACUGUCAGUUGCAGAACGAUUCGUCGGCGGCCAAUCCAUCGGCGGCCCCACAGCGUUCAGCCAAUAUGUAUUAUAUGGUAAAAUUGCAAUUGCGCAGCGAGAAUGUUUGCCAUCGUCCGUGGUCGUUUGAGCGUGUUCCCAACAAGGUGAUACGCGGAUUGGACAAUGCCCUCAUCUAUACCAGCACUAAGGAGGCUUGUCUGUCGGCCUGUCUCAAUGAGAAGCGUUUCAUUUGCCGUUCGGUGGAAUAUGAUUACAAUAACAUGAAAUGCGUGCUAAGCGAUUCGGAUAGACGCAGUUCGGGUCAAUUUGUUCAACUGGUUGAUGCCCAGGGUACCGAUUACUUUGAGAAUCUAUGCUUGAAGCCCACUCAGGCCUGUAAGAACACACGCACAUUUGCCAAUGCUCGCAUGGGUGUGUCCGAGGAGAAAGUGGCCCAAUAUGUGGGACUCCAUUACUAUACCGACAAGGAAUUGCAAGUGACAUCGGAAUCGGCCUGUCGUCUGGCAUGUGAAAUCGAAUCGGAAUUCCUGUGCCGCUCCUUCUUGUAUUUGGGUCAACCACAGGGUGCUCAAUACAAUUGCCGGCUAUAUCACUUGGAUCACAAGACUCUGCCCGAUGGACCAUCGACCUAUUUGAAUCAUGAGCGUCCUCUUAUCGAUCAUGGUGAACCAAUUGGACAGUAUUUCGAGAAUCAAUGUGAGAAAUCCGCUGCCGGAGGCUCAUUGCCGGGCACACAAGACAAGGUGGAUACAGGAACUCUGCCCGUUAGUCUGGACACUAUUGAGGAUCCUAAUCUAACGAAUCUGACGCGUAACGAUGUCAACUGCGACAAGACUGGCACUUGCUAUGAUGUCUCUGUUCAUUGCAAGGACACACGUAUUGCAGUGCAAGUGAGAACCAAUAAACCAUUCAAUGGACGCAUCUAUGCCUUGGGUCGCUCGGAGACUUGUAAUAUUGAUGUUAUCAACUCGGAUGCCUUCCGUCUCGAUUUGACCAUGGCUGGACAGGAUUGUAACACCCAGAGUGUGACUGGCGUUUACUCGAACACGGUUGUCCUGCAACAUCAUAGUGUCGUCAUGACCAAGGCUGAUAAGAUCUACAAGGUCAAAUGUACUUAUGACAUGAGCUCCAAGAACAUCACAUUCGGCAUGAUGCCCAUCCGCGAUCCUGAAAUGAUUCACAUCAACUCAUCGCCCGAGGCCCCACCACCAAGGAUUCGCAUUCUGGAUACACGUCAACGUGAAGUGGAGACAGUGCGCAUUGGCGAUCGCCUCAAUUUCCGCAUCGAGAUACCAGAAGACACUCCCUACGGUAUCUUUGCCCGGUCCUGUGUCGCCAUGGCCAAGGAUGCACGCACCAGCUUCAAAAUCAUCGAUGACGACGGCUGUCCCACCGAUCCCAUCAUCUUCCCCGGUUUCACUGCCGAUGGCAAUGCAUUGCAAUCGACCUAUGAGGCAUUCCGUUUCACCGAAAGCUAUGGCGUCAUAUUCCAAUGUAAUGUCAAAUACUGCCUGGGUCCUUGCGAGCCAGCUGUGUGUGAAUGGAAUGCAGAAUCCUUCGAAUCAUUGGGCAGAAGGCGUCGUCGUUCCAUCGAGAGUAAUGAGACUAAGAGCGAGGAUGAUAUGAACAUCUCACAGGAAAUUCUGGUCUUGGACUUUGGUGAUGAGAAGAGAGAAUUCUUCAAGGCAGAUCCCAGCACAGAUUUUGCCAAAGACAAAACUGUCACCAUUAUCGAGCCAUGCCCCACAAAGACAUCUGUGCUGGCACUGGCUGUCACUUGUGCAUUGAUGAUCCUGCUCUACAUCUCUACCUUGUUCUGCUACUACAUGAAGAAGUGGAUGCAGCCCCACAAGAUUGUAGCAUAAGGACUCGUAAUGAAGAAUUCAAUCUUGAAUGAAGAAGACGAUUAUAACACAGAAGAAGAAGAAAAGAAAACAAAAC